AUGAUUGAAAAAAAGAUUUGUGGAAUUCUUCUAAUUGCUGGUAUAUUUUGUUUAACAAGUGUUAUUAUAUCACUUUAUAGUAUCUCGACUGCUGAUUGGUCAGUAGUUGGUUUAUAUAGUAUUGGUCUUUUUCAAACAUGUUCUACUUCUGGAUGUAUUAAAAAUCAAUAUGGAAUUAGAAAUUAUGAAGCAAAUUCACCACCAAUAUUUAUUAAACGAUUUUAUAAUGCUAUUCCAUUAUCUAUUGUUAGUGUAAUUAUUCAAUUAAUAACUUGUUUUUUCUGUUUUUUAACAGCAUUUAUUUAUUUACCAGCAAAACCUUCUAUAACUUGUUAUAUAACUCCAUUUUUAAUAUUUAUUGCCUUUCUUCUUCAAUUCUUUACUUUAACAGAAGCAUCAUAUGGAAUACAUUUAAAUGGACGAAGUUCGUCUUUAUUUGAAGCAGCUCUUAUACUACAAUUAAUUGUUAUUAUAUUAACUAUUAUAGCAGCUGAUCGUAUUCAUAACAGAUGUAAUUUUCAAUAUGUUUAA